UUAAUAUUCUGUAACUUCGAAUGCGAUUAAAAUAAUCCAGAAUAUGGCCGAGUUACUGGACACAAUAUAGUCGACAUUUGGACCAAAAUAAAAGGCUGUGUAGACGACAAGGUGCAUUCAUGUUCUGACCUGUAAUAAUUAGAGCCACAUUUUGUGAACAAAUGUGAAUUAAUGCAUUCACUGUAAACGUCCCAUUCAUUUUAAUCUCUAUCGCCGUGACAAAACAAGGUAAACGUUUUGACAAUUCGCGCAUGCUCAUUUAUGUCUUCAAACUGAAAGUAGAGAGCGAUGAAAACCUGACAACACAAGAGCUUCGCACAGAUGUCGCCGCUUGGGUAGUCUACUGAACUCUCAUUUCAGCAGCUCAACAAAAGUUAAAUUCGCUGACAAUCAUGACAGAUUUCGCGACGAUCUACAAACUGUCCAUAAUUGCUUUUGCUUAUGCUGUGCAAGUGUAUGGGGCAACCUGUCCAGUUCUGGAGUGCUGGUUCGUUCAGGAGAAGUCGGGUCGAGGUUUUCCAGCUGCCAUGAGCCAAGAGAAGUCCCUGCUUUAUGUGGGAACCGACCCGGUCAGCACGGGAACCAGGACAAAGAACCUCCCAGCAGACAUCGACGCCGCCAGGAUCUACCACGUCACCGAUCCUGGCGCUGCCUUUUGCAGUUCCCCUCUUUGUCCACCAGAGGGCUCUGUCAGGAAGCCGCAGUGUGAAAUUAAUCCAUUCCUGCCUCAUCCUGCUGUGGUCCAAUGGGCGGCUCCGCUCACAGAGUCCGCCCACAGUCCCAUUUACCUGCAAGCUGAUUGGCUCUCAGUCUCCGCGCAGGGCCUUGACGGACAGCUGACGCUUUCCAGUGUGAUGAGAGCGCCGACGAAUACCAACAAGCCAAGCGUGAUCGUCAGUGUGUUCAGUAGAACAGCGUCGGUCCGCGCCAGACUGGGGGCUCCAGUGGUUCUGGACUGUGGGUUCUGGACCGAGUCCUCUUCCCCGCUCACCACUGGCGGCUUUUCGGUGGAGUGGCGGUACCAGUUCCGGGGCGAGGGGCGCUUGGUGCUGGCCUACGACGGCAAGAACGACCGCUUGGCUCAGACGACAGAGGAAGGAGCGCAGCUGGACAUCGCCGCCCUGCACCAGACCGGAAAUGCGUCACUGAUCCUGCAGGAAGCUCAAGUCAGGCACUCCGGGACUUAUAUCUGCUCCGUCUACCUGCCGUAUCUUCUGGCUCAGGUGUCCAUCAACCUGGAGGUCGAAGAGCCCCCCUCCCUCUCCGUGUCCCCCUCGACCCCCCAGGUCUUGCUCCCCGGCCAGUCCCUGUCUCUGCAGUGCCGGGCAUCCGGCUUCACCCCCCUCCCUCUGGAACUACGCUGGGAGUUUCUGGGUGCAGACGGAGAGUUGCGCCCCCUGGUGGGCGGGAGGGUGUCAGGGCACACACAGGCCCGGGACGGGACCUUCACCCAGAGCUCCUGGGUGGAGGUGGGACAGGGCGGGGUCGACCUGGGCGGCGCCGGGGAGGUUGUCUGCGUAGGAGUUCACGCCGGGGGCACCAGGAGGGCCCGCGUCUCUCUCAGCGUCAUAGGGCUCCGGGGCCCCACUGUGGAGGACUCUAUGGCCAUGGUGGCAGUGGCCCUUGGGCUGUACGGGCUGAUGAGGAUCGUCUCCUGGACUCUGGGCAUGACUGGUAACUCCAUUCACCCCCUCACUGGGUCUGCGGAUAGAGACUCAGAGGGCAAAAAAGAGAAGUAAAAUAUGAAAAAAAUCUCAGGAUUGUACGUGUUUCUUUUACAGAUAUGAAGAAAGAUUUGACAGACCCUUGCUUGAGGAUUUCCAUUUGCUCCCCUAUUGGUUAUGACUAAUGCAUUUGUUAUUUAAUUGUAGUGUUAAUAAUGUGCUUAAUGAAUUUGUAUAUGAAAUCUUUUAUUUUUAACCAUUGCCAGAUUUUGGCUCAGUAUAUAAAGAAUCGCUUAGAUCAUUUAUAUAUUGGACUCAUUCUAUUGGUGAAUUGGUUGGGUUCCACUGAAUUUUGUAUCAUAUAUUGCUGAAAACAUGACUUUAUUUUUUCAGGAAACAUUGUCAGGAUAUUUCACCCUGUGUUUUUUUUUUUUUUACCCAGUUGUAUGAAUUCUGAUUACUAGUCUGCCCCAUCAAUUUGCUCGUUCAUGUAAAUAUUUGUCCUGCUGAAAGAAAACAUGUAAAUAGAAUUUUUAAAAGGGGUAUAACUGUUAUUUUGCUGAAAUUUUGUGGAAGUUAAUAAAUCUUAAAUAAAUAUCUUGUUGCUA